CCGUUGCCACGGUCGCACGGCCACGACUCCAUCUCUCCUCCAUCGGUUACCUCUCUCUCUCUCUCUCUCUCUCCUCUUCUCGUCGCCCUAAUCCCCAAUCCAAAACGAAUCCCCAAUCUCGUCCGCGCCGCCGCUCGCCGUGGCCUCCCCCGUGCGCCGCCCGCCGCUUCGCAUCCCGGUGAGAAGAAAAGAGAGGAGGGGAAAUGGAGAUACAGUCAUCAGGGAGGCCAAUCGAUGUGCUCAUGGAGAAGGUUUUGUCAGUGAACAUCCUCUCCUCGGACUACUUCAAGGAGCUCUACAGGCUGAAGACUUACCACGAGGUCAUUGAUGAGAUCUACAAUCAGGUUGACCACGUAGAGCCAUGGAUGACCGGCAACUGCCGCGGGCCCUCCAGCGCCUUCUGCCUCCUCUACAAGUUCUUCACCAUGAAGCUCACGGUUAAGCAGAUGCACGGCCUGCUGAAGCACCCUGACUCGCCUUACAUCAGAGCUGUUGGAUUUCUUUACCUGCGAUAUGUUGCGGAACCAAAGACGUUGUGGAGUUGGUAUGAACCCUACAUUAAAGAUGAUGAGGAGUUUUCUCCUGGAUCUAAUGGUAAAAUGACUACUAUGGGUGUUUAUGUGCGAGAUCUUCUACUUGGGCAGUACUACUUUGACAGUCUUCUUCCACGAGUGCCUCUUCCGAUCUUGAGACAGGUCACUGGCCAUCUUGAGAAGAUGAAGCUCCCAACAAAGCAGUCAGGAAUAACAGGGGACUCUAGUCGCCUUGGUUCAGAUGAUACUGCCCGACGGCCUCCUUCAGUAAAGGCUUCUCUGUCGGUCUCCUUUGGUCAGCGUGCUCCACACCGUGCAUCCACAAGGGACUCAUCCCCUGUCCGGAAGACAUUGCCUUCAGCAAGGGAUAGAGAAAGGAGUUCUGAUGGUGAGUGUGCAAGAUCUUCACCCAGGAGGCGACGAAGUCGGAGCCAUGAACGUGAUCAUGAUUCUGAGCGUGAUCGUUCGGAUCGUGACCGUGGUAGGCACAAGGAUAGGGAGCAUGAUCGCCAUGCCCGUGAGGACAGAGACCGUGAUUACCGUCGUUCAAGCUAUUCAAGUAGGAAUGUUGACAGACAAGGCCGUGAAAGGAGGGACAGGGAUUCUGAUCGACAUGGACGUUCGAGUGCCCGCAGGAGCAGGAGCAGGAGUCCAAACCGUGGCAGAACCGAAGGUGAAAAUCACCGCUCUAGCCCAUUUGGUAGACCACCAGAGCCAUCCAACUUGGCAAAAUUGAAGGAUUUAUAUGGUGACGCGACAAACACAAAGGAUGAUACAGGUGAUGAUAAAGCUCGCAGGGAUUCUGGAACUGAAGAGGUAAUCAGAUUGGGAGGUGCAAGGUGGAGGUGAAUGCCAAAGGGCACAUGAAAGACAUCCACCCCUAUUUGUUCUUGUUAACAGCAAUAUAACAGCCAGAGAUAUUUGCUAUCCCCAGUGCUGCAUUCCCAGGGACACUCAGAAGAAGGAAUGAGCUUUCAUUUGUUAAAAUUCGAUUGGGCCAUUGUAUCUUAGGUAGCAUGUGCGCAACAGAAUGCAUUUGUUGAAACUCAAUUGGGCCAAUGUAUCUUAGGUAGCAUGUGCGCAACACAAUACAAUCUGUUAAGCAGGCAAACAGCUAUGCAAAUUGCUAGUACUAGGAUAAAGAGAUUAAUUUGGAUAGCCAAGUUCUGUACCUGGUAUGCUGUUCGCGUUAUAUGAUACUUUUCCCGUGUUCUGACAUAUGCUAUCCUUCGUUGCA